UACUCUAUGACUAGGCUUUAAAUAAAUUGGUAUAUUUUUGCACCCCAAGUACGGUUACACUGAGCUUGAGCGGCAAAAAUGAGCGAGAUGGGCGAUUCCCUUAACUUAAGCACAUCCAUGUGCGAAGUGGAGGCGUCCAUGCUAAACCAUAACGUGAGUUUCAGCAGCACAAUGGUUACAUCCACAGGGGAUAUUUCGGCGGCCAAACUCAGCGUGACUCUCUCAGAGGCGGAGAUAUUAAAGCUGCGUAUGCGACAGUCUGUGAACGACAGUAAUUGCUUGGAUGCAUCUGGGCCCAUGGAGACGAGUCUUGAGGCUGAGACCUCUCAGGAGUUCGAAGAGGAGGGGGAGAGUGGGCGCGUUAUCGACAUAGAUGACACUUUGGAGCUGACUUCGGCCAAUAUACAGGUUGUGCCGGAGUCACAGGCGCUUGUUGAAGAUGUACUCCUCGAGUACUUCCGCGGCAGGCUCGUGGAGCUGGGGCGACGCUGCUGGACCUCGUCGCCGGAAGCCCAGCACUACACCAAGGGCUGCUACUGGUCCCCGGACGGCACAUGCAUCCUGGUACCCGUCCACCUAGACGGCAUGCACGUCAUGGAGCUGCCCACAGAUCUCUACUCCGCGUCAACAGUGCAGCCGUCGCGCCCCCUGACCAAGCUCCAGUCAGCGGUACACGUGCCCGAGGGCGGAACCGUUUACGACUGCGUCUGGUUUCCACUCAUGAACAGCCAGCAGCCAGACUCUUGCUUUUGGCUGGCCACGCGGCAGCACGAGCCCAUUCACAUGUGGGACGCCUUCGACGGCGCACUGCGAUGCAGCUACAGCGGGUAUGAUGCUGUGGACGAAGUCAUGGCAGCCAUUUCUUUGGCCUUCUCCCACGACGGCCAGAAAAUCUACGCAGGAUACAAGCGGUGCAUCAAGAUCUUUGACACGAGCAGACCCGGACGACUGUGCGAUGAUUACCCCGUAAAGUUUGCCAUCUCUUGCAUUGCUCAGAGCACUGACCACCCCCACACUCUGACCUGCGGCAACUGGCACGGCUAUAUUCAGCAUUUUGACGUGCGCUGCAGUCCCAAAGAGGGUCCUCUUUUUACGCUGGGCGGACAUAAGGGCGGCAUCACCCAACUGCGAUAUGGCGGGAACGGGUCCCGCGAAUGUCAUCUGUUCAGCGGAGCUCGCAAGUGCGGCAAGAUCCUGCAGUGGGACAUGCGCAACUACAAGAAGCCGUUGGUCGAGUUCCAGCGCCAUGUAGAAACCAACCAGCGCAUUCAGUUUGACAUCAUGUGUGACUGUCGUUGGCUAACCAGCGGCGACACGAGAGGGUUCCUAAAUGUUUGGGAUCUCUACGAAGACGGAGAGGCCUCCGUGCUGCCCCUGCACUCAGACUGCUGUAACGGAGUGGGCUUCAACCCAGUAAUGCCGGUUUUGGCCACCAGCUCGGGCCAGUACCACUUUACAGACCAAAAUGCCCAUAUGGACAAUGUCACUUUCAACGACUCGGCUGCGGAGGGGGCACCUCCUGAGGCGAAUUCGCAGCAACUUGAAGUGGUCUACGAAAACUCAGUGGUCUUGUCUUGGUGCGGACCCACAGCAACCCAGCAAACACUGAAGUAGUAAAUUAUACAAAAGACGUCUUUAUUCUUGAAUCGAUUUUGAAAUACUUAAGCAAAGUAAACUAGGCGAGAUGGGGUUGCGUUCA